AUGAAUGGAAUUGAACAAAAUUGUUUUGGAAUUAAAUGGAAGAAGGAGAAGGAGAAGCAGAAGGAGAAGGAGGAGAAAAAUGGAGAGCAAAUGAAGGAGCAAAAGAAGGAGGAGGAGAAGGAGAAGGAGGAGGAGCAGAAGGAGCAACAGAAGAUGCAGCAGAAGAAGCAGAAGAAGAAAUUGAGGGAAAAGAGAUCAUAUGGUUGGAGUGUCACAUGUCUGAGGCAGCCUAAUUUUUGCACAUGUAGUAGGGAGUUGAUAACAAGUUGA